AUGGAGCGUGCAAUCCCCAACGACAUGCUUCACGAAGGACCUGACAAGGAAGAGGAGCAACUGAAUGGUGUGAGGGCACAGAUGGUCUUGCUGGCUGGAGAGGGGAGAAACGAGGAAGAGAGUGGACGUGGCCAGUCUGGGUCGGGAGCUGCAGCAGCAGAACGGGAAGGAGCAGAAGAAUUAAGUGGAGAAGGUCCCUCUCCUGCGGGCGCUUCAGGCCUCAUGGAUAACCACAACCCAGAGGGCACCAGCAGCAGUCGGCAGGAGAAUGAGAAACAGCCAGGGGAGCCAGUCCCCAAGGACAUGGAGGUCGCAGAAAGUGUGAGGCAUGUGCCAGUGGUGGUGUCCGGUGUGCAGCCUGUGUCAGUGCUUGUACGCCACCGUUGCUUCCAGCACAAGUUCACUCCGAGGCAGUUGCAGGAGCUGGAGCGGAUUUUCCAGCAGAAUCACUUCAUCGGUGCAGAAGAAAGAAAACAGCUGGCAAGAUGGAUAGGUGUGACUGAAGCUAGAGUUCAGAAUUGGUUUAAGGGGAGACGAGAACAAUACAGGAGACAGCAGAAGCUAUAA